AUUCCUUUCUGGUCUUCCUCCUUCCAACAGGGGUUGGAAGGAUAAAUAUGUUUCUAUCAAAUUCUCCCCGGGCGCUUUCCCUUUUGCCCAAAAUGCCUAGGGGAAAAGAAUGAAAGUCCAGGUCAAGCCCAGGGAGACUGAUGACCUAGCCGCCAGGGAAGCCACUCUCCGGACUGGGGACACCUCCACCUGUGGUCCUUAUAACAUCGAGAAGUGGAGGAGCCCUCAACCGCCCAACCCUUCAGCCAGCCCUCUGAAGGAGGCCAAGGCCGCCUAUCAGAAGGCGGAGAAGGCUGAAGAGAAACUGAUGGAGCAUUAUGCUGCCUAUCAGAAGCUCUAUGCCAAGCGCGACGGGCUGCUGAAGGCCUCCAAAGAGGCCGAUGCCCAAGCUCAGGAGAAGAUCCAGGAGCUUGAGGGGGAGAAGGCCGAACUGAAGGAGAAGGCCGCCCAAUCCGCUGACGAGAUUGCCCAGCUAAGGGCUGAGCUGGAAAAGGAGCGUGCCGACCAGGCCUCUUUUGCUGCUGCCUCGGCGGCCCAAGAGCCAGAGCAGUUUGCCGCCCGGGCGAUUCCAGACCGGGAGACUGCCAUCCGGUUCUUCCAUGAUCUCUUCAAGCAUGAAGUGUCCGCCAAGGUCGUAGAUGAGAUCGGGACCUUCGGUUUUGAGAGUGGCUAGUAUGAGGAACGCCGGGCGCUCUAUGCUAUUCUCAAGAGGUGGAUUCAAGGUUUUGAACCCAAGGCCUUCUCUCUUCCCAUGCUUCAUGACGAAGCACCGGUCGCCCCCUUCGAAGGGAUCUGAGCACAAAGCCUUCUCUCUUUUUUUUAAUUAUUUCUGGAUGUAAUGAUCAGCCUUCAGGCACUUUUGUAGAACACUUUAAUAUUAAUGAAAUUUAUUUUUCCAU